AUGUCUUCGCGCACCAGCCUAGGGGCUGGUUCUACCUCUUACCCCAGUGGUUCUUCUGAAACUACACCUGUUGUCUACGAGCAUGGCCGAUCUCCUAGGGCCGAUGACUACACUGUUGACAUCACACGCCGGUCUGGUGUCACUGUCUACAACCACCACGGCACUGGCUAUGAAGACAAUGCCCCAUCUCCUGGUUACGGGCAAUCCGGCCAAGGAGAGACCCGAAAGGCUUCGGGUAAAAAGUCCCACUCGGGAUCCCGCUGA